AUGAGCUACCAGCAGAGCCAGCAGCAGUGCCAGCCCCCUCCCAAAUGCCAGGCCCCCAAAUGCCCUCCCAAGUGUCCUCCCCAGGUCCCUGCACCAAUCCCUGCUCCAUGCCCGCCGCCAGAGCCUUCUGGCUGUGAAUCAAGCUGUGGAGAGUGCUGUGGUCCAAGCUCAGGGGCCUGCUGCGGGCCUAGCUCUGGAGGAUGCUGUAAUUCUGGCCUGGGCACAGGGGGAGGCUGUUGCCUGUUUUCCCACCGGCCCCGGAGAUUCCCCCGAUUCUGGAACCAUGGAUCCAGUAGUGAUGGCUGUGGCAGCGGGGGUAAUCAGGAAGGCUCUGGGGGCUGUUGCUGA